CUUUUUUUUUUUUUUUUCCUUCCACCACCAUGAUGCGAAUUUUUUAUGCCAGUCAAAGGUCAUUUCAUCAUGCAGCUACACAAUAUCAAUAUACUCGAACAGCAUUACGACGAUUGAAGAAAUCGGAUUUGGUUGCUUUGGCGGAUCAACAUCAGUUGGAUGUGUCUGGAACGAAGAAUGAACUCAUUGAUCGUUUGGUGACAUCGUCGUCCUUCUCCACACUUCAAUCGAAUACAACAGAUCCAAGUUCCCAUAUUUCUGACAAAGAUAAGGUGAAUGAGGAUGAAGGAUAUGAUCGACAAUGGGUGGAAGCGUUUGAUCUCAAAGUCAGUAAUCGUACCAGUGCACGUCGACAACCCAGCCAAAAUUCACCUAUCAUGUCAUCACCAUCCGAAUCAUCAUCAACACAUCCGGCCUAUGUUCAUCAAUCGUUAGGCGGAUCAUCUACAACAUCCACACCUGUACGACCGACCAUCACCACUUUACUGCCAACAGAUAAUAAUAAGAACGAUAGUGUGGAUAUGGAUUUUACCGACCCAGAGAUCAAUCAACAAUGGGUCAAGGCAUUUGAUCAACGUGUGAAAUCUAGUAGGACCAAAAGAAGAGAGAUAUUGGAUCCCAUUGUGGAACAACAACAACAACAACAACAACAACCUCCUUCAUCGAACAUAGUAGUAGACAAGGCUAUUGGCAUUUCGUUGGUUUUAUGGUACUUUUUGGGUGAACAUGGAAUUCAAUCGACUUUCUCUUCCCUCUUCUCUUCUUGACCUUCCCAUCUCUUUUUAGCAUAGAUCGAUAUAGAACUUUUCUUAUUCCAUCCAUCAUUCAUUUAUGUAUAUCAAACUUCAACUAAUAAAACCACCUCUUUACAUUUU